AUGCCUUUGUUAAGAGUUGUGAUCACUGCGAAAGGACUGAAUAGGCUUCUAGAGUUGAAUGAGCUCGAUGAAUUUCGAAAUGAAGCUUAUGAAAAUGCAGAGAUUUAUAAAGAAAAGUCUAAGGCUUUUCAGGAUAAAAAGAUCAUUAGAAAGGAUUUCCAACAAGGAGAUAAAGUUCUGUUAUUUAAUUCUAGAUUCAAGUUGUUUCUAGGAAAACUAAGGUCUAGAUGGUCAGGACCCUUCAUAGUUGUGGUCUCAUUACCUUAUGGAGCGGUUCAGAUUCAUAGCGAGAAAACAGGACAUUUUAAAGUAAAUGGUCAGAGGUUAAAGCAAUAUUGGAAAGGACCAAUGGAAAAGUGCAAAUCAGUGAUGGUUUUGGAACCACUUUAA